CUUCCAAUUCAGUGUCAGUCAGUAGUGUCAAUUGUUCAAAGCAAUCUGUGAGUGUUUUGUCAUUAAAUUUUAUGUGAAUCGAGUAAAGCUUAUUUUAAAAUUUUUGUAUUAUUUGAAUUUAGUGUUGUUUCAAGUGAUUAUUAUGUCUCGUUUACAGUGUAAGUUUCUAUAUUCUAUAGAAGCCUUCAUAGUGAUCGUAUUGACUUGGCUGGAAUAUUGUGAAAAUGUUUAGUAAACUUAACUUAUCAUGGCUGAAGAAUUGCUCGUUGUUUUGAGUAGAAGAGACCCUUCUUGUGGUUUAGGAUUUUCCUUAUUAGGUACUCCUGGAUUACCUCCAAUUAUAUAUGACAUCGUAGAAAAUUCUCCAGCUGCAGAAAGUGGAAAGGUGGAGGCGGGUGAUGUUAUUCUGAAAGUCAAUGAAACUGAUGUCAACAGGCUCAAUACCAAGGAAAUAUAUCUGAAAACAUCUAGUCUGACUGUUGAAGUUUAUUUCUGUUAUUCUUUCUGUUUGUUGGUCAACAUUAUUUUUAUGUUUCAGGUGGAGGCGGGUGAUGUUAUUCUGAAAGUCAAUGAAACUGAUGUCAACAGGCUCAAUACCAAGGAAAUAUAUCUGAAAACAUCUAGUCUGACUGUUGAAGUUUAUUUCUGUUAUUCUUUCUGUUUGUUGGUCAACAUUAUUUUUAUGUUUCAGGUGGAGGCGGGUGAUGUUAUUCUGAAAGUCAAUGAAACUGAUGUCAACAGGCUCAAUACCAAGGAAAUAUAUCUGAAAACAUCUAGUCUGACUGUUGAAGUUUAUUUCUGUUAUUCUUUCUGUUUGUUGGUCAACAUUAUUUUUAUGUUUCAGGUGGAGGCGGGUGAUGUUAUUCUGAAAGUCAAUGAAACUGAUGUCAACAGGCUCAAUACCAAGGAAAUAUAUCUGAAAACAUCUAGUCUGACUGUUGAAGUUUAUUUCUGUUAUUCUUUCUGUUUGUUGGUCAACAUUAUUUUUAUGUUUCAGGUGGAGGCGGGUGAUGUUAUUCUGAAAGUCAAUGAAACUGAUGUCAACAGGCUCAAUACCAAGGAAGUGCUGAAAUGCAUAAGACUGUCAGAAGACCCAAUCGCUCUGAAACUGAAAAGAGAUCCUUUAAUAAAAGCAAAAGUGAGACAUUACCUAUCUACAGCCAACCCCUUUGUAGACUCUCAUUCUCAGAACAAUGGAGACUCGUAUCUGCCGCCCUCCCGGCACCCUCUGCCACUUGAGGAUGUGACGAGGAGCAAUGGUGAUGGGUCAAGGGAGACUUCUCCACAGCCGCAGCCCAGAUUUGAGGCUUUUGUCAUGACAGGUGACAGAGUUCUCAAGCUGUCCAAGACGCAACAGGGCUCUAUUCUACCAAAACAACGCAAAGUGGAUAGUUUAAGACAUCAUAAUUAUCAUAAUCACAACAACCACCAGAGGCAUAACUCAGUGCCGACCAGUCCGAUAGAAUCGGAACGGCACUCACAUCAGAAAACAUCAUCUGCUGGAACCUCGCCCACUCCUAGUUUAGCUGUAACGUCAGCACCAAUCCCAUCUUCAUCCUACGUUGUUCGAACAUCGAGGUCCGAAGAUCACCUACAAUUUAACAAAGACUCGUCGAUGUCUGCGGUCUCUAUAGAUAUUGAUGAUGAUGUUACUUCUUCUCUAAAUACGCUUCUUGACACACGGCCGGACAGUGAGGCAGAAGACCAAAGGGUCGUUUGGACCUACAACGCACCCAUGACUGAUUCGUCAACGCCAACUUCCGGAACAACGACUUCAGAAAAUCCCUCACCUCACAGAUCUCUUUCUCCACAAUCGCCUACCUCUGUCUCGUCAUCAGUUAUGUCGUCGGAUUCUGGUGACAGGAAACCCCCAAAUACCAACCUCGCACCCACGGACUUAUCACAAUCUGAAGCAAUCUCCAACAUUUCUUCCCCUGACUUCCAGGAGGAAGAUGUUGAGAUUCUGAAUGCAAGAGAUUUAGUGAUGGAAGUUAGUGAUCCAAGCGAUAGUGACUCUACCUUAUUAUUAAGUGAAACAACAGCUAAAGUCCGCAGAACAAGCGCUACACACAAUGGACAUCACAUGAACAAUAGUGUUCAGCCAUCAAACAAGAACGAUCAGAGCAUGCAAGGGGAUCACAGAAUAGUCAUUCAGGUAAAGGGGCCAGAGAAGGAUGCAGGGCGCAGCCAGAGCCCACGCAAUCACAAUGUACGGCUAACAAACCAGCAGGCUGUGGCAGAGAGGAUGAAUACUCGGCCUUGCAUACGAGAGUCUGAACUCUACCAGUCUGAUCCUCUCGACCAGACCGGAUACCAGGCUCUAAAAGACUCUGAUGAGGAGAAGCUACUUCAACUGACAGAGAGUGCUGCCAACCUGGCCAAAGCAGUAUCACCACCACUGGAGGAUGAGAGUGAUAUAGAGUCCCUACACAGUUUCCACUACAGCCCCAAGGCAGUGGACAUACCCUCUGCGGUGCGUCUUGCCAAGCGACUCUUCACUCUUGAUGGUUUCAAGAAGUCUGAUGUCUCUCGACAUCUCAGUAAAAACAAUGACUUUAGUAGAGCUGUAGCAGAAGAGUAUCUUAAGUACUUCAUGUUCGAGGGAGACUCACUGGAUGUAGCUCUGCGAAAGUUCCUCAAGCAAUUUAGUCUGACUGGAGAAACACAAGAGCGUGAGAGGGUGCUUGUUCACUUCUCCAAGCGCUACUUGGACUGCAAUCCUGGGAGCUUUAACUCUCAAGAUGCAGUCCACACGUUGACGUGUGCCAUAAUGCUGCUGAACACUGAUCUCCAUGGCCAGAUUAUUGGGCGUAAGAUGACUUGUACAGAGUUCAUAGACAAUCUGUCAGAGCUCAAUGAUGGAGAGAACUUUCCUCGGGAGGUGCUUAAGAGUCUGUACCAAGCCAUCAAGAGCUACCCCCUAGAGUGGGCACUGGAUGAGGAAGGGGAAGAUGCGAACUCAGUCAAGGCCGGAGUCGGUGAGAGAGGGGAAAUGCCAUCUACUCUGUCUGUAGGAGGCAGUGGCAGUGUGGUGGCCACAAGUAAAGGCUUUUUCGAUGUGCCUUCCUCUCAACCUGCUAUUGAGUACAAGAAAGGCUACGUUAUGAGGAAGAGUUGUGUUGAGCCUAACGGCAAAAAGACACCUCUGGGCAAGCGCGGCUGGAAGAUGUUCUAUUGCACACUGCGAGAUCUGGUGCUAUAUCUGCACAAGGAUGAGCACGGUUUCCGCAAGUCUCAACUCAGUGACAAUCUGCAUAAUGCCAUCAGAAUACAUCACUCACUGGCCACCAAGGCCACUGAUUACACCAAGAAACAACAUGUCUUCAGGCUGGAGACAGCUGACCAAGCAGAGUACCUCUUUCAAACUAGUGACUCAAAAGAGCUGCAGUCAUGGAUUGACACCAUCAACUUUGUGUGUGCCAGUUUCUCUGCUCAGCCACUGCCUGGUGCCGUCGGCUCACAGAAGAAGUUCCAACGUCCUCUUUUGCCUUGUAGUCACACGAAACUGAAUUUGAGAGAGCAGCUACAGGACCAUGAGGAUAUGGUGCACAGGCUUGAGGCCGAGUUGGAACAGCACCGCAGUCAUGUGCCUGAGAGAGGCGCAAAGUCUCUCACACUGCAAAACUUCAAAGAGAAGGAUGCCUACUUGCAUCAUGAACUGAAACGCUACAAAACAUACGCUUAUCUUCUUAAGUCUCGAAUCUCACAGUUCCCCGAGAUGGAGAGCUCUCUGGUGGAGUCAAGUAUCGGCGAGGCAGCUGAUGAGGACGAGAAUCAAAGUCCCACCAACAACAGGAAGAUGAAAAAGCCUGGGAAAAAAGCAUGAUGUGUUCCGUAGCAGAAUAUCUCCUGCCAUGUUUUGCCUGCAAUCUCAGUAUUAAAUUUGGAGGUUUCCCCAGUUCCUCAGCAUUUAUGUUUGUGCAUUAUUUAUUGUUUAUUUGCUAAUCAGUGUUUGAUUAAGCUAAACAUUAUUGUUUUUAAUUAGCGAUUAUCUUUAAUUUACUUUUACUACCGUUUAGUUAUGGAUUGUCUAUACAUUAUCAUUUUUAAAUCAAAAAUUGAUUAACAAUAAUAUAUAUUUUUUAAAUAUUGUAAUUAACAAAUGUUGUGCCUUUCUCUCCUUCCAAAUCAUUUAGGUUUUAUUUUGUUUUAUUAAUUGCUGACUUUGGUUUACACUAUUAAAAAAUGUAAACAUUUUUUGUUAAUUAUAUUACUUUUUUUUAUAUUACUAAUGUCUUUCUGUGUCUGUAGCUUAUUAAUUGUCAAUAUUAAAGGUUUCGGAAGAAAAACCAUCAAAACCAUUUGCAAAUUUGUAUUGGCCUCUCUGAAAAUUGAAGAGAUAUUUCCAAUGCUUUAGUUGAGUUUCCCCUGUUUUUUUGAUGAAGUAAAUAUACAUAUAUACAGUAAGUAGGACUGAGAAGCCUACUAUGAGAGCAAGGCUUCUCGCCGUACUCUUCGUAGAAGAGUAUCUAUUUCUGGUAUAAGAAAGAUAUUGUUAUUAAGUUAAAUUGCAACAUUUCAAAAUAAUUGUUUAUAAUAGGUUUUUUAGAGAAUGUAACAAACAUUAUUGAAGUUUUGUUGUUUUCAGAAUGUAACCUACGAAAAAAUGGUUCAUUGAGGCAUGUUAAUGUUCAUCCCUCUGAAUUUCCUUAAAACACUGUAAAAAAGCUAUAUCACAAUGUCAAGGAAGUCAACCAAUAUUGAGUACUGUAUGUGGUAAUUCACUGCUUUGUUUAUAAGGUGGUUUUAUUAUAGUGUUUAUAUAGUAUUUCAAAUACAUUCGAUGUUUUAAUUCGUCACUAGCGCAAUCUGGAGUAUAAAUUAGAUAAUAACUUUGUCUUUGUUUUUUGUUUUACACUACUGACCAAGCACUUUAUAAUUAAUAUUUUCUAAAAUUUAAAUGUGAAGAUAAUGUGUUUGAGCCUCUUUGACGAACUUCAGUUGAAAGUGUCAACAGCUGGUUAAUGUCAGUUGAAUGUGGAUCAUGAAAAAUAAAUAAUAUCAUUAUUUUUAUGAAUUUAAAAGUAUUCAGAGAUUUUUUUAUCAAGAUUUCUCAUCAUGUAAACAUUUCCUCGGACUUCAACGAAUUUAUAAAAAGAAAAUUAGCCGAAUUGGUCCAAUCCUGCCGUUCUCAAGAUUAGUUCAUAACAACACAUUUGGCGAUUUUAUUUUCAAAAAAAGUAAGUGCUCAUUUAAAAAUUAUAAUUUUAUUUUAUCUAAGAUUUUCAAAUUUAUGAAAUGUUAGGUUAAUGCUCAAAAUUUGUUUUAUUGUUUGGCAAAGUAAGGAUCACAUGGGUAGACAAAAAUCAAGGUGUCACCAAAAUUUUAACCCUGGAACUGGUAAGUGCCUGAUAUCAGGUAUUUUUACAUGUGUUAUAUUUUUAUUAAUACAUCUUUAAAAUAAGGUCAGACGAGAUGAGUUUUAAUACUAGUGAAACAGGAAUUUUUUACUUUUGUGAUUAAUCUCUCUGAUCAUGUAGCGUCUAUAAGAUUUUUAAUCGUUGAAUUUUGUACAUUCCCCUGUGUACUGCACUAGCUGCAUGCACUGUAAAUAGUCAUGUGGUAUACUUUACUGUUUUUAUUUCACAAAUCGAAGUAUUCCAUGUUUAUUUGUUUAUGUCUGUAGAUAUCUCACAGAUUGUUUACAAUAGUAAUAAGUUUUUAAUCAACUAAUUUCCGCAAUCAUUAAAGUAAUCUAUGAUGACAUGUUAAUAAUUGAAGAGAGUAUACAUAUUAUAUUUAUUGUUUUUACUUUUGCUGUAAGUUUUAAUUAUGAAAAUCUGUGUAUGUGGAAUUGCUUUUAUUUACAAUUUGUAAACAAAUAUUAAAAUCUUUUAUGUUAGUUAUUAUAACACUGGUAAAAAUUAAAAUUUAAAAAUUAUUUUUUUAAAUUGAUCAAUUAAAAUUUAUGUUUGAACUGUCGCAGUACAUAAACAGAUGUUUGCUUUAUGCUACAAAUAUGGUGAUAAAUAAAUAUGAAGUGGCGUACAAGACACAAUGAAAGAAUUUGACCACCAGUUCCAGGGUUAGCUUAUCUAAUAAAAUAGCAUUAUGGUGCUUGUUUGUGCCAACAAGGAUGUCAUUGGAUUAUGCGAUUUUGCUGUCACAAAGACUAUACAAAGUAAAAUAUAAUUUAAUUUUUUUAAUAUUGUGGUUUGUAAGGUAUCUGUGGCUCCUGUGAAUAUAUGAGACUAUUGGAAUGCACAUAGAAAAAUGGAUCAUCUUAUCUUUGAUUGCAUCACAAAACUAUGCGGGCAUUGUAUAACAAGUGGACAUUUUGGAAUAUUUUUAAGUUUUUGUAGCCACUUUCUCUGUGUUUCUUGCCUGAAGUAAUACAGAACCAUUAUUUUUAUAUUGUUUGUAUUUUGAAAAGCUAAAAACAAAUAUAAUAUUUUUCAGUUCCUGUAAGCAUAAAAAUGUGCGUUUUAGAUUUAUAUUUGUUUUCAUUACUUGAUGAAGCUUAGGUACUACUUCCUUGUUCUAAAAUGCUUAUAAAUACACCUAUUGAAAAACAUUCGGACUGCAUUAAUUAAAAAUGAUACAAAUGAAUAGAUCUAAUCAAGGAUUUAUUUGGCUUAACAUGAAAGCUGAUAUUUUCCUAAAUUCCUUACAUGGCUUUAAUUUGUAAAAAUCAAGGAAGGAGGUCAAAGACCAGAGUAUUGUCAGAUUCGGUAAGAAUAUACCAUAUGACAAGAUAAUAUAUAUCUACCCAUUCUAAGUAUGUAUUGUAUAAGAAAAUUUAACUGGGAAAUGUAUUUUCUCAGUAGUCAUAACUAUGGUUCAAUACACUUUUAUGUUUUGUACUUCAAGCAUCCAUUUUACUUUCAUCAUAAAGACACAAUUUUAAUUGUAUACAAAAAUUUUUGUAAUAGGAACAGGAAUAAAUUGUUUAAUCCCUUACUAUAAAUGCCCAGUUAUUUUUUAAUAAAAAUUCAAUAAUAUAAAGUAGGGUUUUUAAAUGAUUUUAUUCUCUGCUCUCCUCUUCAUUGUUUUUCAGAGGUCAUUAUAAAAACGUGAAAGACGUUUGAUCACAAAUAGACUAGAUUUUCAUUAGAUUUGUGUGUAAAUGUUGUAAUGAAAAUUAAUUAAUAAAGAAGUUUAUUAAUAGUUGGUUGGCACCAUUUAAAAUCAGAUUGUUGCCUGAGAGAAUUAUCUACACAGUUUGUAUCAUUUUAUUUUUUCAAAUAAUAAUGUGACUUAAGACUACCUAAGUUAAAGUACAGCAUUUUAAACAGAUACUGUAAUUUUCAAGUAUUAUUUCCUUAUUUAUUGACAAUGAAAUGAAAUAAUAUUUCUAAUAUGAAUUUUAAUCAAAUCAUGGCUAUGCAUUUAAAGGGCCCAAGUUUAAAUUUAAAUUCAUGUAAGAAUAAGAAAGAGGUAAAGGAGUAAAACAUUAAAUUUAAUACACUUUAUUUUAUUAAAAGAUAAAAACGUUGCUAUAAAUUUAUAUAAUAAGAUGUAAUGGCUAAACUUUAAAUAUUCUAUUCACUCUAGUCACUUAGUGUUUUCUUGUAAUUUUUUUGGGGAAGCAUAUUAAAACACUUAUUUCAUACUUAUGUAAAUCUCCAGAUAAUUUAACUAAAUACUUCCUUUUGUAUCAAAAUAUUCAGUGAAUAGAUUUAAGUAAGUAAAUAGCUACAUUUGACAUGAAUCUGGCAGUUUUAUAAUGUUUCUGUGACUCGUAGAUUAAAAUUGUUGUAAAUAAUCUGAAUCUUCUUCAGUGACUGUUUAGAUACAUUAAUAGAUUCUUGUGAGAAAUAAAGUGUAUGUUCUGUCAGGAAAGCAAUGUCUCCCAGUACUACGGUGUUAUUUAUGUCUCAGCUGUGGCUUAACGAUUCUCCUUUAUUGUUUUUGUGAGGUGGGAACUGUUGUUACACCGCAACUGUUGAACAUUGUUAUAUAGUAUUACAGUAUAUACCGUACGUUACAUGAGACAUGGUCACUUAUUCACAAUAGGUCAGUGUAAUAGAUACUUGUAGUUGUAUAAACUUCUCUGUCUGUAUAGAGUACGGUUACUUCUGUUAUUUAGUUUAGUUUUGCCAACAAUAGUUCGUCAAUCAUCAUUUUUAAUAGUUUUAUUUGAGUACAUCUCAUAAUUCGGAAAAUAGUUUGUAACUAGAUGUAUAAAUAUAAUAAAAAACAAAAUUGUAUAGAUUUUUUUAUGUUUUUUAAGCUUGGUGAAACAUGAGGAUACAAAAAGAUACUAGUUUCGUUUUCAUAUAUUUGAACCUUGAGUUUUUAUCUGUUUUCAAUUGAUAUUAUUUUGCUCAAUUUUGUGUGUGUAACUGUUUUAAUUAAUAACAUUUUGUACAGAUAUGAGUCAUCUGGUUUGGGUUAUUUUACACAUAAAAAGUGAUUGGACUAAACAUUGUAAUAAUUAUGUGGAAAUAGAAGAACUAUUAUUGGCAAGCAUUGAAACAUAAAAUCAAAUGUUUUUGAGAAAAUUUAAGUGUGGGCUGAUUUAUUUAUAUGCACAGCUGAACAUUUAAAGGGCCAUCAUACAACAUUUUUUAUUUAGUGGCAAUCAAGUUUAUUUAUCGUUUAGCUUAGUUCUUACUGAACAUAACAAAACUUGAAAACAUAAAAAUAAAUCAAAUUGAGGGCAGAUUAAUCUUUUUAAUUUUUAGUAAACAAAGAUUUUUGCUUGUUACAAAUUAAUAUAUGAGUGAUUCUAAAAUUAUUUAUAAUGCAUCAAUAAAAUCAACGUAUUUAAUGAAGUUUGUUUUAGUGGCCUUUUAAGUGUUUUAUGUGUAUUGUAUAUUACUGUUGUGAUAAACUGUCUUGUAAUUUUCACAUUAUACUUUUCUUUAAAAUUUAAGAAAAACAACCCAAUGUUAAAUCUUAUAUCCAUUUUGUGCCAAUUUUUAUGUACACUUGUUGUGGUUUGAGUAAAGUUGUACUGUAUUUGCAAACAGUGGUGGCUCGUAUUGUUAGCUACCAUUGUAUUCGUGUACUCUUUGGUAAGAUCAAUUGUCGUCUCCAAACAAUUAUCAAGUCGUGGAUUUUAACAGCACGACAAAGAUCUGUCAAUUUCCAUUUUCUAUGAUAAAAUUUUAAAUAAAAACUAAAAAAAUCUUGAUUUUUUUGCAAUCUUCCACAAGAAGUUAGAUAAUGGAUUUGAUAAAACAAUAAAAUAUUUACCAUGUACUUCCAUGAUAUUUGAUUUAUCAUUUUGAUUAAAUAAAGAUAUCAGUUGAAUGUCUGAAAACUGAAAGUGAAAAUAAGUAUUACCUCUUCUUUCCUAUGCCUCCAUUUGUAUAAAAUAUUUGUAAUAUAAAUAAGUAAUAUUUUAAACUAUAUUGGGGAAUGAAGCAUUUUUGCCACAAAAUGAACAUGUUUUAUUGACUAUUUCAGUAUUAUAGUAAUACAAAGUAAAAUUCUAUACUAAAUCAAAUACACUUUUCUCAUAUGCACUGUAUGAAUGUACAAUAUACAAAGAGUAUUGUAGAUAAAAAUACCAGCCAAUAAAUAGAUAAAUAAAAUAUACACAUAGAAUCUGAGAAGUUACAAUCCAUUUUUCCUUUUAUAGUGAUCAAAAUGUGCAUUUAAAUAUCAAAUUACAUUUGUUUAUAUCUGUACCAAUAAAUUGGUUAUUUGGAAAAGUCAAAUACAGUUUUUAAAAUUUAGAAUUACUAGAAUUUUCCUCAGAUUGUUGCAAAACAAAUGUUACAGGUGAGAAAACAUGUAUCUCUCCAUUCAAAAAUAUGAAAUUAUAAGCAAGUAAGUUAUACAGUGAAGCUGUAAACUAACAUACAGUAGAAUCUUGUUUAUCCGAUUUCUGUGUUAUCCAACAUCAAAACUAGUACAAAGAAGUGCAUGUAAACCUCUGAUUUUUUUGUUUCUUGCUAUUCUGCAGCCCUAUGUUUGUAACUAUAAUAAAUAUUAUUCAAUGCACUUUUUACUUCUUAUGUUUUUAUAUUGAUACUUGAGUAUUGAUGCACAAUAGGUGCAUUGUCUUAUUCAAUAAAAACUGUUUGUAGCUUCGUACUAAUCAUGAAAUUUGAAAUAUUAAUAAAUACAAUUAUAAUUUGUUCUUAUUCAGGUAAAAAUUCCUAUUAUUUAACAUUAUUUCUUACCAAUGUUAGGGUUUCCCUUUUAUGUCAGAUACACAAGAAUUUACUGUGCUACCUUAACAUGUAUCUUUAUAACUAAUCAUUUAAAAUUAAUUUAAACUAGAUAGUGAUUAUUUGUUAGUAAAAUAAAAUUGCCUAAUUUUAAAACUUGCUAUUUCUAAAGUAUUUAUAAAUAUUUAAUUUAGUAAUUUGUGCCAUUUUGGGAGUUAUCAGUUUGUAUCUUUUAAUUUUCUAAUUUCAAUGUCAAGUCGUAAUAAUUUUGGAUUGUACUUGAUACUUCACAAUUUUUUAAUAAUAACUGUGUAUUUGGAUUGUACUCAGACAGUGGUUUAAAAUGUUUUCUUUAACUAUUUAUGCAUCUUUUAUAUACUGUGGUAAAAGAUGUACACAUCAUCCAUAAAUAAAUUUUCUUAACCCAGUGAUAAAACAUAUGUCUUGUCUUCAAGUGUUGAACAAUUGUAAUAAUGACCUUUCUCUGUCCAUUAUGACUAUAUGGAAUCAGCAAUCAUUACUGACAUAAAAGUGACAAUCUCUAUUAUAUUUUUGUACAGCCAUUUGAAUUACAAUCUCUUAAGUUUUAACCUUAAAUAAUUCUCAGCAAAACCUAAGGAUUAGAAAACUACGCUUUUAAAUGAUCCAGAAGUGUAGAGAGACUAUCAUAGUAAAUUUGAUCAUUAAAGUAAAUAUGUUGAAGUAUAAUAAAAUCUGUUCGAUUAGAAUUAAACUAGAUUGCAGUAGAAUUAAAUUUGUCUGUGAAAAAUAUGCAAAGUUGUUCAAUAAUUAUUACUGUUAAAUACAACACUACAAGUAUUUUUUUAUUUAUUUUUUCUGUGUGUUAAUAAUUGUUGGAUUUUGACUUAUUUACAUAUCAAGAGUAUUCUGCAAGAUGUUGAACGUUAUGAUUGUACCACAAUGGAAAAUGUUGAUUAGUAUUGUCAGAUUAGUAUUAUAUAUUGAGUGCUCUGUGCAGAGUGACUGAGUCAAGGGCCUUUUCCGUGGCAAGUGGAAGUAGAUAAAAGGGUAAAUAAUUGAUAUACAAUAGUACUAAAAUGUUAGUAUUCACUUAAUUGUUGAUAUAGCAAAAUUGUUUAUUACAAGUCAGGUUUGCCUGUUUAAUUAUGUAGAAAUUAUCUCCAAUUGAAUAUUACAUUUUGACUACGGAUCCCUUUAAUGUAGAAUUUUCUAAACGUGCACAAGUUCAUGAAAUUGUUUUGUAUUGAUCGUUUUGUAAUUUUUAAAAUGAAUUUAUUAAUUUACAUUACUAUGUGAGAUUAUAGAAUGUGAUCUGUCAAAGAUAUGAUAUUUGAAGUUUAUGAUUUUUUAUUUAAUUUUAAGCUGAUGAUCUGAACGAUAAUUUUUCAGAUCAUAUCAAUCCCGUGUUAGAGUCAGUUAAUUAUUUGUGUUGUGGCUGUAAUCAAAAAUGAGAGACUGAAUUUCAUUUAUAAUUUAUUGUUUCAUUAGAAACCUGUUUUGUACAAUAUUGUUUAUAGUGUAAUAAUAUGUUGCAUUUACUUUUAAUUUAGUUUGUAUGAUUUGUGCAUAGCUCCGUUGUAUAUGUGAUGUAUAUAAUGCACUUAGAUGGCGGCCCCAGACUUAGCAACUUGAUUGUUGAAUGCAACUAUCCAGGUGCUACUUACUCAAUAUUUAUUCUUAAUAAAUCAUGUUAAUGAUAA